CCUGUCACUGCAUUCCUGCUCCCCCUCCCUCUAGCUGGGUUUGUCAAGUCGCCCAUGUCAGAAACUAAGCUCACGGGGGACGCCUUUGAGCUGUACUGUGACGUGGUCGGGAGCCCCACGCCAGAGAUCCAGUGGUGGUACGCAGAAGUCAACCGGGCAGAGUCUUUCAGACAGCUGUGGGACGGUGCUCGGAAGCGCCGUGUCACCGUAAACACCGCCUACGGGUCAAACGGCGUGAGUGUGCUGAGAAUAACCCGGCUCACCUUGGAGGACUCUGGGACUUACGAGUGCAGGGCCAGCAACGACCCCAAGAGGAAUGACUUGAGGCAAAACCCUUCCAUAACAUGGAUUCGAGCCCAGGCCACCAUAAGCGUCCUUCAGAAGCCAAGAAUUGUCACCAGUGAAGAGGUCAUUAUUCGAGACAGCCUCCUUCCUGUUACCCUACAGUGUAACCUCACCUCCAGCUCUCACACCCUUAUGCACAGCUACUGGACAAAGAAUGGGGUAGAACUCACUGCCACUCGUAAGAAUGCCAGCAACAUGGAAUACAGGAUCAAUAAGCCAAGAGCUGAGGAUUCAGGCGAAUACCACUGUGUAUAUCACUUUGUCAGCGCUCCUAAAGCAAAUGCCACCAUUGAAGUGAAAGCUGCUCCUGACAUCACUGGCCAUAAACGGAGUGAAAACAAAAAUGAAGGGCAGGAUGCCAUGAUGUACUGCAAGUCAGUUGGCUACCCCCAUCCAGAAUGGAUAUGGCGCAAGAAGGAGAAUGGUAUAUUCCAGGACAUUUCCAAUAACUCUGGUCGCUUCUUCAUCAUCAACAAGGAGAAUUACACUGAAUUGAACAUUAUGAAUCUCCAGAUCACAGAAGAUCCCGGCGAGUAUGAAUGUAAUGCCACCAACUCCAUUGGCACUGCCUCCGUUUCCACCGUCCUCAGGGUACGGAGCCACCUUGCCCCACUUUGGCCUUUCUUGGGAAUUCUGGCUGAAAUCAUCAUCCUUGUGGUGAUCAUUGUUGUGUAUGAGAAGAGGAAGAGGCCAGAUGAGGUUCCUGAUGAUGAUGAACCAGCCGGGCCAAUGAAAACCAACUCUACCAACAAUCACAAAGAUAAAAACUUGCGCCAGAGAAACACAAAUUAAGUACUGCUUAUAAUCUCUUUAGGUUCCUGAAAACGGUGGCAUCAUGACCUGCUACAUUUUCUGCUUGGACCUCUUUGGUCUCUCCCUUCAAGUGAGCAACACCACAAUGACCGUCUAAAGCAUGCCUUAUUUAGCCUCUCCUAUAAGGGUGACCUAGCCAGGUACAUUUUAAACAAUGCUUCAGUGUAGAAGGUGUAAACUA